AUCAACUGGAGGAGCCGAGUCUGAGUCUGAGUCUGCUUCAACUCGAAUCCGAAAAGCCAACAGCCCUUUUUUGCUUUCUCCGUCUGUGUCGGUGUAUCCAUGCCGCCGAAACGGCCACCGCCGUCGGAGGAGCCACUUCAGGCAUCCUCCUCAUCUGAAGAAGAUUCGUCCGAAGAAGAAGAUCCACAGAUCGAGAGUCAAAAACCCUACUCCGGUAAUCCGCUACUGUUGAGAAAGCCUCAACCAGAAUCAUCCGAUUCUGGAUCCGAAACAGAAUCCGGAUCUGAUUCAGAACCCGAUAACACUAAUGUCAAGCCUAUCGCUUCCAAACAUAUGGACGGAUCUAAACCCUCUCCGUCCAAGCCUUCGGCGGUUGUUGUCGCGUCUCCUUCGAGGACUCCUAAGCGGGCUAAGAAGGACCUUGAUGAUGGGGUUUCAGCUGAGAAAUCCGUUGACAGCACGAAGAAGCAGCUUUUCCAGAGACUCUUUAGCGAGGACGAUGAAAUAGCUUUGUUGAAGGGCAUGCUUGAAUUUGCAGCAAAGAAAGGUAAAGAUCCAGUUGUGUUUAUUGAACUUGCAGCAAAGAAAGGUAAAGAUCCAGUUGUCUUUAUUGAUGAAUUUCACGAAUUUAUCAAGAAAUCAAUUCACAUUGAUGUAACAAGAGCACAAUUGAUGGACAAGAUAAGGAGGUUGAAGAAGAAGUUUGAGAAUAACGUGGGUAAAGCCAAGAAAGGGAAGGACAGGACCUUCUCGAAUGCGCAUGAGCAGAGGACUUACGAUUUGUCAAAGAAUAUAUGGGGCAGAGAGAGAACAUCUGGUGAUGAACAAGCAGUGGAUAAUGGGAAUGUGGUGGUGUCUAGUGGAAGAGUAGCCAAGGAUACAAAAAAUGUGGAGACUGAGAGGGAAAAGAAUGCCAGGGUGGAGUCAAGAGGUGGACAGGCGGUGAUGAUUGAGGAGAGUGUGAGGGGUGCAGGGUUGGAGGGUUAUGUUUUGAAUAAGGGGCUCGAUUUGGUCGAGGGAGAGAAGAAGGUGGAGAUGGAGAAGAAAUGGAGGAUCCUUCAAGUGGCAGAGCUUGAGCUGUUUGCGAGAAGGGCCGAGCUGAUAUCAGAGCAGGCCAAGUUGGUGCUAGAGGCCUACAAGUCAAUGAAUACUUAGCUGAUUGGAAGGUAUAAUUGGUAGACCUUUGGCUUCUACUUUUGGAUUGCCUUUGUCUAAUUUAUGGUGUAUUUGCUGUGUAUUAAGCAUGAAACUUUUGAGGAUCCCUUCUUAGUUUGCUUGUUUAAUUAUGUAUUAUUUAGAAGUUAUUAGUUAGAACAAUAAGUAACUUUGUUGGCGUUGGAAAUAGUUGUGUGCCCUGUCUACCAGUUUGGUUCCCGUAUAUUGCAGUCCUACUUUGUGC